UUUGUAAGUUGUAGCCUGUUAACUCCUAUGAAGUUAAAAAUAUGGCGUUGUAUGAAUGGUCCGCAUCAGCUGUCUGUCAGACUGGAGUACUGAGAGUCACACAGGUACACCUGCUGGAGCACAAACUGAGGAGUAAAGAGGAGCGUAUACUGGAACUGGAGACAGAGAAUGCUAUUCUUCAUAUAAGACUUGCUGAGUGUCUGGGGAAACUUCGUCGAGAACCUGAUGAGGAAGUCAAGGCCCUGACCCUGCGUCAGCACCAGAGAGACGCACAAAAGAUAACCCAGUCAGCCCUCGCAAAACUCCUCUCAGGGGUCCAGGUUGUGAAGCAGGAACUGAGUGAACUCUUUGCAGUGUAUUUGAGCUUUGCCACUGAGUUGGAGGAGAAGAGCAAGCAGCUGCUGGAGAAGGUCGAACAAGCAAGCUCUGUCCCUAAAGGACGCCGUGAAGACAGCGUUCAGAACUUGGAAGCCCAUGUUUCAGCUCUGGAGUGCUCUCUGGAGGAGGAGAGGGAGAGGUGCAGGGCAGAGAGGCAGAGGAGGAAAGCUCUCCACAACACACUGGUGGAGCUGAGAGGAAACAUCAGGGUUCACUGCAGGGUGCGACCAGUUCUUCCUUUUGACCACGUUGAGUCCUCCACCUUUGGAUCAGGGCUGGCAACAUCAGAGGAAGUGGUGACUGCAUUUAGUGAUGACACAGUGAUGGUGAACUGCUUAAAAACAGCGUCACCAGUGCACAACAAGAUGUUUGAGUUUGAAAGAGUGCAUGGGCCAGAGGAUCCCCAGGAUGCUGUGUUUGAGGAAGUCAAGCCCCUUAUCACAUCUUUGCUUGACGGCUACAAUGUGUGCAUCAUGGCGUACGGGCAGACAGGCAGCGGGAAGACUCACACCAUGCUGGGAUCCGGACCACAGGAGGAGAACUUUAAGACGCAAAAGGAGACACAGCAGGGCAUCAUCCCAAAGGCUGCUGCAGAGCUCUUUAGGCUGAUCUCUGAGAAGCCCGCAGAGAGCCACACGGUGGAGGUGUCAGUGAUGGAGGUGUACAACAACGAAGUGUUUGACCUCCUGGCCAGAGAUGAGCCCGGCAGCGCCGCGGGCCAGCACCGGGAUGUCAUCACCACCUCCUCUGGCACCAUCCAGGUCACCUCCCUCACGCAUCUGCCUGUUUGUAACGCCUCUGAGGUGAUGCAAAUCAUCAGCAGUGUUUUGAAGCGCAGGGCUCACUGCCCCACCCUCAUCCACCCCGACUCCUCCCGCUCACACCUCAUCGUCACCCUCACCAUUUCCUCCAAGAGCCCCAACGCCCUGGCCCUGGCUCGAAGGUUACAGAGAGCCAAGAAGGACAUGCAGCGGAAGGAGUGGUGGAGUCCACGCUGUCGCCGGGCCAACCCGACCGCCCAGCACUCAUCUGAUGAGCUCUUUGCAAGCUCCUCCUCCUCAACCUGCCCCUCCCCUUCUCUUUCCCCAUGCCCCUCCCCCAGGCCAAGCAUCUCACAGGCUACAUUCAAGACCAAGCUGCAGCUGGUGGACCUGGCGGGGAGCGAGUGUGUCGGUAUGUCUGGGGUUUCUGGCCCUGCUCUGUGGGAGGUGUCCUGUAUAAACCGCAGUCUCUCCGCUCUGGCUGACGUUCUUGGAGCUCUUGCCGAGCAUAGACCACACGUCCCCUACAGGAACAGCAAACUCACUCAUCUGCUGCAGGAUGCCAUAGGUGGCGACUCAAAGCUGCUGCUGAUGCUGUGCGUCUCCCCCACACAGCGAUUCAUCACAGAGUCUCUGCAGUCUCUGGGUUUGGGCACACGAGUCCGUCAGGUCCAAAAGGAGCCCAGACGGAAGAGUAACACCCUCAGAGUUAAGUGACGAGAGGAGGGGGAAAAUAUCACCCUUUACUGAUUCUGCAGAUGUAGAUUCAUGCAUCAGUCAUGUGAACUGAGUGAUUUAAGAAGAUUUGUUAUUUCGUUUGUGAGCCUGUUCAAAAGACCUGUCGACUCACAGUUCACAGCCUUAACCAGCGUGGCGCUGUUGUACACUGGUUAUUAGGGUCCAACCAGGUGAUGAGGGUUCAUAUCUUCAGGAACACAUUAAGAGUGUAAUUACAAUAAUAGUGUUUUCUUUUCUUUUAGCAUUACGUAACUGGGAACAAGAUAAAGUUUAGCCAAGAACAUAUUUACUAUAUAAUUUGUUGUUACAUAGAUUUAAGUAACAUCACUUUCCUUAAAGAGCUGUCUGAAGCUACAGUAGUGUAUAGGUGCUUUAAAGGUGCAGUGUGUUGAAAUGGGAAUAAAGCUACAUCUAGCGGUUAGAUUCUUGAAUGAACCCCUCUGUUUCUAACCAUUUGCAUCUCCUAAGUGAAGUUGGCCGUGUAGGUACAGAAGCUCUCCGGAAAUGGCAAUUUCUUAUCCGGCAAUGUGUCGUGUCACUGUCAGACAAAAGACUAAAAGACUUUAUUAAACAUAACAGCUAGACCAACAACCUUGACUUUCUUGUAGUCUUGCCGCAGUUUUUUAAGUUUUUUGCGGACCUGCUUCCCUGUGUGCACAAUGUGCAAAUCCGGGAGUCUUUUAGAAAUGUUGGGGUACCUGUUUGCUUCCGGUUAUGGGUCCUUGGCUUGUCCCCUGGCCUGGGUCUCCCACGGCGCGUUGGGUCCUUCGGCCUGACUGCUCUUGCGGCCCGGAUGCUGGGCUGAACCGCUUGGCUGAUCUGACCCAAGUGCUAUCAUCUGCCCCAGUGGUGGUCUUGUUACACAAAUAGAACACAGCACGGUGGCAACCCUCUGCGACCCAAGCUUCAGUAAUGAUUGUGGACGCUAAGGGUUGCUUAAUCAUUAGUAUCACCGCACGGGUUUUUUGGCGUCAUGGUGAGAUAGUCCCUCUCCAUCUAAGUGUCUUAGGUCUCUCUCUCCUUCUCUUUCCCUGUCCCUUUGUAUAUCUUUGUGUAAUCUUUCUUUUACUUUCUUUUAUUUAUUUUUUUUGGUCCACCUAGGUGUGCACGCCCUCUUUUACAGAACAUGAUAUUAGCUGCCAAUAAAAGACAGCUGUACGCAAGUCCCACUGGAUCUCUUCCUCAGAGUACACUGCAAGCAAGGCCUGCACCUCCUCGUCGCUCCACUGGUCGUAGGUUCUCUUCUCGCUCAUGGUGAUUUCGAUAGAAAAGUAAAAGUAAACAAUGCAGCGCGACUUGCAGUGUUUUAAACACGGUGGGUCCAAUGAAAACGCUACAAAUGCCGGACCAAUCAGAAACGUGCAGCAUGCCGCCCUGCCCCCUGAAAGCCCUUGGGCUUUUCAAAAGUACUACCCUCCUUGCAGGGGCUUUUUAGGGUGGAGAUUAUCUACCCCUGAACUAAACUUAGACCCUAGUUCCUCCGGUCAUAUGCACACAGUUCAGGGGUAAAGUCCCUAGUUCCCGGGUAAAGUUCUUCCGGUUGAAAUGCCCAUAUUGUUACAAAAACAUUACCUGUCCCAUUACCUAGCUCUUACCUGUCCAGCAGACAACAGGAAACUUCUGUGAAACUUCUACAACAGGAGACUUCAACCUUGGAAAAGCGACACAAUUGUUUACUCUGUGUUUGUGUCAUCGUCUGUCCAGAUUUCGCUUCAUUUCUUUGUGGUCUCGUUCGAUCUUGCGCUCACAGAAGCAUCUUGCGCUCUUACAGCUGAUAACGUUUACAUACUGCACCUUUAAAUGUAAGAUACUUUAAUGCAUAACUUAAUAACAGCAUUUACUUAGUAGUAAUGAAUGACAGUGAAAGUAUACAAAUGUUGUGUAAUUAGAAUUCAAUUCACUUUCAGAUGACUAGGUAGCAUGUUUUUUUUCUCUCUUUGAUUUUGUCAUUUGUGCUCUGUAAAUCAUGGUGACAGCAUUCCCAAAGACUUUCUGACUGAAGUAAUCUUUAUGGAUCCAAUACUCGCUGCUUACACCAUGCCUUCUCUUCUAAAGUGCUUUGGGUGCAGCUGCAUUUAAAUCAGUGUUUCUACACAUUGUUGUGUAUUGUUUAUGUAAUCAUCGCCUGUCAAAAGCCUUGUUAGAAAAGUAGAAAAUGAUAAUGUGACUCUAAAAUAAACGGACAACAUGCAGA